AUGUCUCGAGGUCUCAUGGUGACCUUCGUCGACGAGUCUCCCCAGCCCUCAGUUGAUCUGUGCGCCCACUCCCCAAGCUCAGGUACCGGAUACCUGACUUGUGUCCGUCGUUCACGGUCCAGACAAUCUACACCCCUCACGACUAUCGUAAUGCGUGCCUCGACGGUCGUUGCGUUGGUGUCUCUUGCCUACGUCCCCGCCCUCGUCGUAGCUGCUCGCCCACCUCCCAUAGGGUAUCAGAGGAUCAGCCCUUAUCGAGUGGCGGCUCCUCCUCCCCUGAUGGCUUCUCGCCCCCCCGCACGUAAGCCACCAGCCCGGGGAGGCUUACCCUCAGCACCUCCUUCUAAAGGAUAUUACUCGGAUCCACCUCCGCCGUAUUCAGAACUUCCACCGUAUAGUGCUCGUUCCCUUUUGGUGCGCGCGUUGCUUGACGAGCUGGACUGA